GAAGAGAGAAGGAGAAAGUCUGAGUAGAAAUAUGGCAUUUGAUUUGAGACACAUACUCUCCGGUUGUCUAACAGCUUCAAUGCUUCUUAUGUUAUGUAAUAUGAUCAAGAAAGAUCAUAUUGAUCCACUUUUGGGUGAUUUAUCAAUACAACCCAUUAUCACUCCAAACAAUGGGACAAAAUCUUCUUCUGAUAAUGGACGACACCUGACCUCAUCCGACCCUUGGGGAGUAAACAAUACUCGUAAUAAAGAAGUAUUAAACCCUUGCUGGAGAAAAUUAACAAAUUCAAAACCACAAGAAUCAGAAGGUUUUGUAUUUGUCACAUUGGCUCAGGACCCUGAGUAUCACAUCUCACAGAUUGCUACUGCCAUUGUUGUUGCUAAAUACCUUGGAGCUGCUCUAGUCAUUCCAAACCUAAGACAAUCUGAUCAAUCUGGGCAAAAAAGGACGUUUGGAGAAAUCUAUGAUUUGGAAAAAUUCACUGAAAGCCUAGAUGAGAAAGUGAUGGCACAGGCUAUGGAUUCACAAAUUGCAAAAAUAUAUAAUCAAAGGGUUACUACAGUGAAGGUGCCAAACAUGGUUUCCCUAGAGUUCAUCAAGUCAAACAUUGAGCCAAUAUUCAAAAGCACAAGAAAUCUAAGGCUCUCUAUUUACUUCCCAUCAACUAAGGAGCAAACGAGAAUGAGUCCAUAUGGAUGUUUGGGUACUUUUGACACCCUAAUGUUGAGACCAGAGUUGCAAAAAUCCAUAGACUCCAUGAUUAGAACACUAAGAAGUCUCAACCCCAAUAAUUCAGAAGGGCGAUUUGUUGCGGUGGACUAUAAGGUUGUUGAAACCAUGCCACAAAGUAGCGAUUCAUCAUGUCCUCUUGACAACACAACUGGAAUCAAACAUUGCUUUGAUGCAAAGGAGAUAGCCCAUUUUCUGAAGAAGAUUGGUUUUGAAAAUGGAACAACUAUUUACUUGACUAUAAAUGGCUGGCAUACAAGUAUUGAGCAUCUUAGAAAGGUUUUUCCUAACACCUUUACCAAGGAUGCAAUCAUUCCAGCAGACGAGAACUCCAAGUUCCUGGAUCCUGAAAGGCCUGAACUCAGACAGAUUGUAGAUUUCUAUGUAUCUUCUGCAGCAGAUGUUUAUGUGCCAACAUCUUCAAGUUUGUUUUCUGACAAUGUUGUUGCAAGGAGAAUGGCUACUGGAAAAGGACAAGUUCUUGUGCCGGCCAACAGAUCUUCACUUUCAGCAGAGGACUAUGUUCCUCCCUACGACAUAUCAGAGAAGGAACAUUGGGCAUACUCAUGCUUUUGUUGAGAAAUCACAAAUCAAAUAAUGGAUGGCAGAUCAGAAUGGAUAAAUCCAGAUUGAUUCGAAGUUUCAGAAACUAUCACACUUGUAAACCAACAAAAAUUCUAAGAUUAUAAGUGUACUGUUUUAUUUGGGGAAUUGUUUAUACCAAAGUUUAAAUUUUGUGAUUA